AUCGAUCACUGGCAACCCUUGCAAUGCUUUGGAAAUCCUGCCGAGCUCGCAGAGGACAUGCACGGCCCCUGGCUGGAGCGGGAACAUCCCCAAAAAAUUACUGUCGUUAGUUCAGUGCCCUCGUCCGGCACCUGCACCUCCAGCCCUGACCCUGAGCAGUGUGCAGGGUCUGUCCCAGCCCUGUGUGGUGUGCAGGGUCCGUCCCAGCCCCUGACCGCGAUGCAGGCUGCAGCUGCCUCGUCUCCUGCCCCUUCUUCUGUCAGGGCUCUGCCUCCAGUCAUAGCAGCAGGAGAAACUGCUUCAAAACUAAGCACAGAUCAUCACGGUAGUUAAAUAACUCUGAGGUUGGAUUGUUUCUGGAGGAAUUACAAGAAUUAGCGUUAUAGUUGGCUACACCUCCAGAGGUGCACAGAAUCGAAACCGAGACGGGGGCUGGUGCGGGAGGAGCCGGUGCUGCCCUGCUGCCAUGAGCACAGUUCUCUAGGCUGACACCGACGCCGUCACCGCUGUCACUUCCUGGUGGCUGUGAGCGUCCCGCGGGGACAAGGCGAACGCCAGCGCAGGACCUGCAGGAAGCGUGGCUGUGGCCAUCCGGCGUGUCUACAUGCUGCCCGGGGUUGGCGGGGUCUUGGAGAUGAGGCUGAUCCUGGCUGGGAAGGCUGGUGGAGGGAAAAGCGCCACGGGGAACACCCUCCUUGGGGAACGUGUCUUUGAGUCCAAGCUGUCCACCAAGCCAGUGACCAUGAGCUGUGAGAAAGUACAAGGGCACUGGGACGGCGAGGACUUCACGGUGGUUGACACGGCCGACAUUUUCAACCCAGGAGGUGUCAGCAGUGAGGUGCAUCAAGAAAUUAUCCGCUGCAUCAAGCUGUCCUCCCCGGGCCCCCACGCGCUGCUGCUGGUGACCCAGCUGGGCCGAUUCACCCAGGAGGACAAGGAGGCCGCAGAGAGACUGCAGGACAUCUUCGGAGCUGAUGUUUUGAGGCACACGAUCGUCAUAUUCACCCGCGCAGAAGAGCUGGCGGGGCGAUCUCUGCACGACUACAUGUCCUGUACUGACAACAAAGCUCUCCACGAGCUGAUCCAGAGGUGCGGGAACAGGUACUGCGGCUUCAACAACCGGGCAGCUGGAGCCGAACGGGACCAGCAGGUCGCAGAGCUGAUGGGGAUGGUCCGCUGCAUGGUGCGGGCAAAUGGGGACAGGUACUACAGCAAUGAGAUGUACCUGGAGCCCAAUUUAACAGAAGAGAAGGUGGAGUAUCACAUGGGGAGGUACAGAGCAGGCAGGAUUAAGAGGGUGCGGUUCAGCUGCAGGCCAUCCCUGAGAGUUCUGCUGGCUUGUGUGCUGAUUGUCCUCAUCAUUAUUGUUAUUUCCCUGAGUUUCCUUAUUGCACAGCUGCGAUGAAUCCCAGCACCACAGAACCACUGAUCGCCUGGGGCUGGAGGCACCUCUGCACACCGCGUGUUCCAUCCCUGCCCAGGCAGGGUCCCCAGCGCUGGCUGCCCAGGACCGUGUCCAUUGGGUGUUGGACAUCCCCAGCGAUGGAGACCCCAGCGCCGCUCUGGGCAGCCUGUGCCAGCGCUCAGACACCUGCACAGCAAUAAAAGACUUUCCUGAUGUCUCAGUGGGCGUCCUUGUGCUUCUGGCGGUGCCCAUGCCCUUCUGUCCUGGCUCUGGGCACCACUCAGUCCCCACCAGGUGUUCACACAGACGGGACCUCUCAGCCCCCUUCCCUGGCUGAGCAGCCCCAGCUCCCAGGCUCUGCCCAUCUUACAGAUGCCUCCAUGUCCCGGUGCAAUGGAACCAACUCUCCCUUGGAAAAGAAGAGGAAUUGUCUAUUUUUAUUGAGCAUCCCUUUAAUCAGUUAUCACAUAUGUAGUACAGGACAAAAAAUAUGUUUAUCUUUUAACCUAGGCUCCCUUUGAUCAGGGACAAAAUGCUCCUUCUGGAAGAAACAAAGGAAAGUUGCCAAUAGCAAGUAGCCUUAGGUCGUGCUUAGGUGACGUGGCCAUUUAUGGAUAAAAGGGGUUAGGGUACUUCAUCAGGGAACACCACCAAGGACUCCCAAAGAAAGGAAGGCAUGCGCAGAAGGGCCUGAAAAGAAGCCAUUAAGAAUGGUGCCACAUGAGUACAAAACUCAUGUAGAUUAGAAUGAAUAUGUAUUAGAUAGCUAGAAUAGUCAUGAAUUUAAUGUCUACGUGUAGCAAGGAAGUCGACAUUGGGUGUGCUUGAUCUGUGGAAAAUGCACCGAGCUCUGAGGCCUGAAUAAAAGCAAUCUGUCUCCUGA